AUGGAGAGAUACCCUGAUUUUUCAGUGGAUGGAUCGGCACCUGGCACGCCACUCCCACCUGGUGAAGCCGACAGAUUUCUGGAGCAACCUAGGGCUUCUUUUCUCGAAUCAAAUACUGGAAACUCAGUACAAUCCACACCGAACAACUCCUCACCGCUUUUGGUUGCUAAUAAACACGAAACUGAUCAUGAACUUCAACAGGCGAAACCAGGCUCGGGGACAAAGAGGGGCAGAUUAGUAAUUCUAACUCUUGUCGGGUUAGGUGUCCUUGCGGUUAUAGUCCUUGCGGUCGUACUUCCGGUGUACUUUAAGGUCAUAAAACCUCGCCAGAAUCAGGACAAUCUGACAAGUGGGUCGUCUGCAAGUGGAUCGUCUGCGGGUAGUGGUUCAGUCGGUAGUGGAUCUGGAAAUCCUGCGAGUCCUAGCGGCGCUACGUCGGGUGGCGAUGGCUCUGAGAUUAUCGUGGAUGGUGGUGCAAACUUCACCUAUAAAAAUCCAUUUGGGGGAUACUGGGUUUAUGAUCCUAACGACCCGUUCAAUAACAACGCUCGACCAAACUCCUGGACCCCUCCGCUCAACACAAGCUGGGACUGGACUACUGAUAGGAUUUAUGGUGUGAACCUUGGCGGUCUUUUUGUCAUUGAACCAUUCAUUACGCCUUCUUUUUUCGAAAAGUACACAACUGCCGUCGAUGAGUGGACACUGAGCGAAGCAAUGGCUGCGGAUACGGGCACAGGUGGAGGUCUCAGCCAGCUGGAGGAUCAUUACAACACGUUCAUCACGGAACAGGACAUUGCCGAAAUCGCAGGCGCUGGCUUGAAUUGGAUUCGACUCCCUAUCCCCUACUGGGCAAUUGAAACUUGGCCAGGUGAACCUUUUCUGGCUAAGACUAGCUGGAAGUAUAUCCUUCGCGUCCUAGGUUGGGCGCGAAAGUAUGGUCUUCGUGUCAAUCUAGAUUUGCAUACCAUUCCAGGAUCCCAAAAUGGUUACAAUCAUUCUGGUAAACUUGGUCAGGUCAACUUCCUCAAUGGUGUCAUGGGUAUAGCCAAUGCUCAGCGAACGUUAAACUACAUCAGGAUCAUCACCGAGUUCAUCGCACAGCAAGAAUAUCUCGAUGUUGUUCCUAUGUUCGGAAUCGUGAACGAAGCAUUGCUGUCGACUAUCGGCAAGGACCAGUUGACUGACUUUUACCUUGAGGCACACAACAUGAUCCGUGGGAUUACUGGUCUUGGGGCUGGCAAUGGUCCUUUCAUAUCGAUUCAUGACGGCUUUGUUGGUCUCGAUAGUUGGGCUGGAUUCCUUCCUGGUUCCGACCGUAUCAACAUUGACACUCACCCAUAUUUUGCCUUUGAUAACGAACCUAACGAUUCGCCUAUUGCUACUGGACUUGGAUCAGAUGCAGGAGGUAUUUGGCCUGCUCAGGCUUGCAAUGCUUGGGGACCCGACAUUAACUCUAGUCGCAGCGACUUUGGUGUCACCAUCGCGGGAGAAUUCUCCAACGGAUAUAAUGACUGUGGUCUUUUUCUAAAGGGAACUUCUUCAUACACCCCCUCUUAUGGUGGAGACUGUAACCUCUGGCAAGAUGCGUCGACGUGGAAUGACACCGUGAUAGAUGGUGUGAAAGCGUUUGCUCUCGCUAGCAUGGACGCCACUCAGAACUGGUUUUUCUGGACAUGGAAGAUAGGGAACUCCACUGCCAACAACCGUGUUGAGUCCCCCCUCUGGUCGUAUCAGCUGGGACUUGAGGGUGGGUGGAUACCCACUGAUCCUCGGGAAGCCGUAGGAGCUUGUGCUGCUCAAGGUGUCAGCCAGCCGUGGAACCAAACGUUCCAAUCCUGGCAAACAGGGGGUGUGGGCGCAGGGACCAUUGCUGCUACUGCUACCGCUGAAUUUGGGGUAUGGCCACCUGCUCAAAUUUCCGGCGUUGCAGUGGAUCAAAUGGCCUUUGUGCCUACUUAUACACCUACUGGCUCUGUCGCCACGCUCCCACCUCCGACACUAACCGCCACAACUAAAAGCAUAAGCGAAGGAAAUGGAUGGUUUGACUCAUCGGAUACUACGAGUGCCGCUACAGCAAUCGCGGGUUGCUCCUAUCCGAAUGCCUGGGAUGCGAUUAGCGCGACAGUUCCUGCCACGGUGUGCGGAGGCGGCGUUGUCACCACCUCUACCGCCGCCGCCGCAUCAACAGUUAUUUCGGCAUCAACCACUGGGGUUAUAUCUGUCCCUGCCACAACAUCCACAACUGCGGAUGAUACUACUAUAACGCAAUAA